AUGAAUGAUAGAAUUCCGGUUUCUUCUAGAGAACAUAGUGAUCAUAAGUUGAAAAUACCAAGCACGGCAGAAGAGAGGCAGAAAGCUCUGAAACAUCGAAGUAGUGUAAGCCAACUUCAUGAAUUGUAUAACGCAGUUUCUAGAUUUCCACAUGCUAGAAAACUUGUAGAAGAUAGUGGGUUUAGUUCAUUUUUCAAGGUACAUUAUCCGAAACCACAAGACAACUGCCUAACUACGGGUAUAUUUGAAAGGUGGUGGCAUACCACCAAUACAUUUCACUUCUCUAGUUUUGAAAUAGGGUUUACCCCAUUAGAAUUCACUCAAAUUACCGGAAUUCUAAUUGGCCGAGGAAAUCGUAUAUCAUUGGUUGAUAUAAGUAUGGACCAACUGCUUGAGAUUGCUCCCCAAACCAUAGAUUGUUUGGUCCCAUAUCUUAACGCGAAAGCUACAACAAGAAGAAGGAAAGGAGGUGAAAUUAUGGUGAUUGUUGGAAUAGAAGAAGUUAGGGAAGAAAUUUUAGUCGACAAGAGAGUUGAAGUUGUUGAUAGAUACAAGGGGAUCAGGAAGAGUUUGAUUAAAGUGUUUCUCGACCAUAGACUCGGGCAAGAAAACAAUGUUCUUGAAAAGGAGCAAAUUGCAAGAUCGUUUCUGAUUUGGUGUUUUGGGAAUGUCCUUUUCCCAAACAAGAACAAUGUGGUUGAGAUUAAAUGGCUUAAUAUAAUUAGGGAUUUAAAUGUGCUGAGGCAUUAUGAUUGGAGAUCGUCUUUGUAUGGUAGUAUACUAUGGGGCUUGAAUACUGGAGUAACGUGCAACAAGCCUGACUUGCAGUUCUUUUCGUAUCCAUUGAUGCCUUGGUUUUGGGCAUAUUUCCGAUGUCUAUUUCCUUACACAAAGGCGGAGAAUGAAAAUAUGGAUCCGUGGCCAGCGGGUAGGUUAUAUGAUGGAGACCAAAGAGACUUGAGAAAAGGCGCACAGAGUGAUACAGGUACCCAUUCAGUGACUCUUGUGCGUUAUCAUAUUGAUAACUUCCCACUCGAUUCUGUAGUUUGGUCGCCAUGGGAGGAUAGUGAAUGGAAGACUAACCUUGAGGUGGUAGAUGCUAGAUAA